UUCUCCUCCUUUUAAGCAGGCAUUUCUGGGAGGGACCGCCCUGAGAGGCAUAUACAAACUCUGAGUGAAGCAUCCACACUUGUCCCUCACGCCCCGCACCAGCAGCCAGCGCAGAUCUCACCUUUCCUCUCACACAGAACAGGAAGUUGACGUGACCUGACAUCAAGAUGGCAACAAAGGGUGUUGGCAUGGCUAACAAAGGUCCAUCCUACGGCAUGAGCCGGCAGGUUCAGGAUAAGAUCGACAGCAAGUACGACCCCGAGCUGGAGCUGAUCCUGGUGCAGUGGAUCAGCGGUCAGUGUGGCGCCGGUGUGGGGAGGCCAGAGGCCGGCAAACUGGGCUUCCAGGCCUGGCUGAAGGAUGGAUGUGUCCUGAGCGAACUUAUCAACAGCCUGUUUCCUGGAGAGAAGCCGAUAAAGAAGAUCCAGAGCUCGCCCAUGGCUUUCAAACAAAUGGAGCAGAUCUCGCAGUUCCUCAACGCUGCGGAGAAGUACGGCGUCACCAAGACUGACAUGUUCCAGACUGUGGACCUCUGGGAAGGUAAGGACCUGGCAGCUGUUCAACGGACCCUGUCGGCUUUAGGCAGCUUGGCCGUCACCAAGGAGGAAGGCACAUACAACGGAGACCCCAACUGGUUCUUCAAGAAAGCACAAGAGAACAAGCGGGACUUCAGCGACGAGCAGCUGAAGGCUGGGAAAAAUGUGAUCGGCUUGCAGAUGGGAUCCAACAAGGGAGCCAGCCAAGAGGGAAUGAGCUAUGGCCGACCUCGACAGAUCCUUUAAAGUCUCUGAGACGCAGAUGUGCAACAACCUCUAUAGCGUCCUCUGCCCCCCCCCCCGAAGCCUCAGACACCCUGGACAUCCUCCAGGAGCCUUUGGAUGACUGACUGGCCCUUUACGUCUUAAAUCUUCUGCUUUAGAUCCAAGGAACUUCCUACAACCUAUAAUGCUCCUUAGUCUUAGCAGCCUGCCUUGAGGUUCCUUUAUGUUUACGCUGGUGAUCACUGCAGGACUCCGCAUGCUUUCUCUACUAGCUGCAGUACAUGCAAUACAACUAAAAAAAAGAAGCAGGAAUAACCAAAAAAUAAAUAAAUCCUUGUACACCUAAAGCCAAUCUAUUGUUUUGUAGUGCAUUCUCCGACAAUCAGUUUCCCCUUGUGUUUAAAUUUUGCAGUUCAUCAAACAUUGGAUCUAUAUGUAAAGGAAAAAAAAAAAACAACCAAUCAGAUUAUUUACAGACGAUUUUGAGCACAGUUUCUAAAUUGACAAGCGCAGCCAAAGGGUGUGCAGAUGCUCUUUUAUUCUACUGCUAGUAUAUCGUUUAGUAAAGUGCCACUUCUUACUUUGCUACACCUGCUGUGUCAGUACCAACAGUUUUGUACAUUGUCUUAAUAAAUAAUGACUUUGACAUACA